UAUUACGCACGUCCUCCUCGCUGGAGUUUUGGUGGUCGUUCCUCCGUGUUCGUUUUGAGUGUUGAUGCUGACAGGAUUUUUCUCGUCCCCGAUCAGCUAGCUCUCCUGAUGUUUCUUCCUACUCUCGUGGAGGACAUGCAUCAAUUUAAGCCUAGUCGAGACAGACUGUACACCACCAGGUGUUGCGGAUGUUGCCAUGUCCGGACGGGGACCAUCAUCCUCGGGACGUGGUACAUGGUGGUCAACCUGUUGAUGGGAAUCCUGCUGACUGUAGCUGUGACCCACCCAGAGAACGUACCCACUAUCGAUUUGCAGUAUGAGGUCAUUGAUCAUUACUUUGCCUCCGACAGGAUGUCCGAAAAUGCCUGCGUUGGAUUCGCCAUCUCUCUGCUGAUGCUCACCAUCAGCGCGAUGAUGGUGUACGGAGCCAUUACUCAUCGUGACGGUUGGCUCAUCCCGUUCUUCUGCUACCAGCUCUUUGACUUCGCUCUGAGCUGCCUGGUGGCCAUCAGCUCCCUCACCUACCUGCCCCGGAUCAGGGACUACUUGAACCAGCUGCCUGACUUCCCCUACAAGGACAACCUCCUGUCUCUGAACUCCAGCUGCCUGCUGCUCUUUGUGUUGGUCUUCUUUGCCUUCCUCAUCGUCCUCAAGGCGUACCUGAUCAACUGUGUGUGGAACUGCUACAAGUACAUCAACAACAGGAACAUGCCAGAGAUCGCUGUUUACCCUGCUUUUGAGACCCCUCCCCAGUACAUCCUGCCCACUUACGAGAUGGCAAUGAAGAUGCCAGAGAAGGAGCCGCCGCCCCCUUACAUGCCAGCCUAAGCACCAGCCCCCUUGUUGCCAAAUCAUGCCCCGCACAUUCACACACAGCCGUCAUAUGCAUUCCUACAUCGCCUCACGAGCCCUUUCUGAACACCAUUACGCCCUUAAGCCCCGGCCCCCACCCCCCACCCGACAUACUGUGUACGUGUAAGGCCACUAGAAGACGUUUCUUUCAGCCCUUCCUGCCGUGUUCCCGAAGAGAGAGAGAAUAUGGAGCAUCCUGGCGAUGUGAGAGCAGAACGGUGGGACGUUGAGAUCCGUGUGAAAAUGAAUGAAUGAAUGCAGUGUUCAAAAAAGCAAAAGAAGCUAUCCCCUCCCUCGUUCCCCCCGUUGCCUUUUUUAUGUCUUAGUUAAAGGGAUAUAUGUGAAAAUAAAUAACUUGAAAUGCUCUCAUCGAUCCAGCACCAUCUUGUCAAUAGACUGAUAUGUGAAGUAUAUUAAAAAAAAAACAAAAAAGAGAAUGACAAUCCACUUAUUAUAGCUCUUAUUGUUGAAUUGUGUUAUGCUUUCCCCCUAAUUAUUAAUAAGAUUAUUCCUUGUCAGUCUUGAAUGGAGUCUGUAGCACUUUUUCGUCAGUUAUUUAUUUAGUUUCACUGUGGUUCAGUUCACCACCACCAGCACCACCCCAGGUGUUGCCACCGCUCCCUUGACGCCCCGCUGUGCACGCAAAGCUAGUCAAUGAUUUAACUUUUUCUUUUCAGCGUGAGAGAAAGCUUAAAAGCUCUCCUUCUUUCUCACCCGGCACCCGGAGCGAACAGCUAGUCUUGUGAGCAUUAGUUUGUUGCAUGCUUAUCAGCGCUCCUCCCUUCCCAUUACUUUAGUGGUAUUAUGAUUUUAAUCCUUGUGGAAAUACAUUUGACUUCAAUAAACAUUUCAGAACAGUU